AUGGCCUCGCCCACCAACGAUGCGUCUAUGAGUAUAGACGUUGACCUUGAUGUUGACCUCCUGGUUGGCGACGUCGUGGAGGCUUCCAAAUUGCCUACGAAACGGCGGGCGACCAGUAUCAAGCCUACUGUUGAAAAGGUCGCGUCAUACGCCUCUGAAAAUGGCCUUCUUCCGGAGCCCUUGAGCGAACUCAUUGACCUGCUCACGAGGCCAAAUCUGUUGGAUCAGGCAAGCUUGAAUACGAUACUCAAGAACCUCUACCCCGCCACUCGGCUAUCCAGUGAUGUCGUCCUGAGGGUUGUGGGAUGCCUGGGCCAUGGGGAACUGAAGCCUUCCCUGGUAUUGCAGUCGAACAUUCUAAAAUGGCUAAUCAUGGCAUACCAUGUUAUCGAGAAACCUGGCAUCUUGUCACAAGCAUACGCCGUUUUGUUUAACCUGCUAGAUACGGCAGCUAUUCGGCAAACAGGAAAUGACCCAGCAUUGACAGGGCUCCUUCGAGUCUUCAAAGACUACUAUCCUGAAAUCAUCGUCAGCGAUGCCUUGAGGGGCAGGGCUUCGGCAUUCAAGCACCCCGACGUGGAAUGGCGCGAAAGGUUAAAUGAGAUCCAACGAGACCAUUCUCAACGGACUGCAGAAGCAGCCGGUCAACCUCAGAACGGCUUCAGCGUCAACCAUCAGGCUCUACGGGCCCGCGGCAGCCGGUCGUCAAAUCUCCCUCCUGUCUAUACUACAGAAGCCACAGAGACUUCUGUUACUUUGGAAGAGAUUGACAGCGCCGAUCGUCUUGCUCAGACAGUCGAGAAGAUUGAGCUACCUAACCAGCUUGCGGCUGUGCUAGCGGACCCCCUUCUGCAGAAAUUCGUCGCACUGAAAAAGGACGAUGCUGCUUCGAAGCGCGUGGUUCAUUGGAUCAAUGCCGUGCUCGAAGACGUGCUCAACGGUAAUGCCGAUGACAAGUCGUUUGCGGAAACGAUGGAAAUGCUGAAGGAAUAUGUGGCUCGUGUCAAACCAUUAGAGAAGUGCCUUCCUCCAACGGCCGAGUCACAGUUGGCACUGCUCAAACUCUACCAAAACCUCCUCCGCCGCUGGACCUUUGUUCUCAACUCACUCGACCAAAUACCCAAAGAUGCCCCCGUCAGUGCCUUUUUCGCAGUCAUGGAGCACGCAAGCAUCAUCGCCCUCAACAUUGUCCAAGCCUCCCCCAGCGCCGCUGUUCAUGGCGGUGUCCUCGACCUGUAUGAGCAGGCUGCCGCCAGCAUCUCUGACCCUACGCUUCAACCUCUCCUCCGAAUUGCCAAUCCGCCGGCCCAGCUCAUCUACCUUCUCUUCUUCAGCCACUCCCUGGCAAACGUUUCGCGCCUGAGCACCGUCCUCGCCAUAUACAAGAAGGGCUUUGAGAUGGCCAUGUCCAGGCGGCAGCCGACAACGUAUGCCCCGAGCUACGUGAACCAUUUCAACGGGUACCUUAUGGACAUUUGCAACUGCCUAUGGCGCGGCAAGGCCUUCAACGAUGGCGAUAAGAACGCUCUCGGUUGCCUUAGCGCGGGCCCCGUCACGCAGCGGCUGCGCAGAUAUGUCGAAGACCUGGGUACGGACCUUGCGCUUCCGACGCUGUUUGGGUUCUCCUACUCGCCGCUGUUGAGCUUGCAGGCCAUUGAGUGUAUUCGCGAGCUAGAGGAUCGCGAACUAGCUGCAAACGAGCAAGCCAUAUCUACGCGACACGCGGGGCCGGUGACGUCAAGCAGUUUGGCGAGAUUGGCAGACGCAAGAGGGUUGCGCAUCACUUGGUCCGAGUAUAGGAUCAUUGUGCUGCGAGCAUUGGAGGGCAAGGGAUUGGGCGGCAUCCCAUCGCUGAUGAAAAAUACGAUGAAGGUCCUCAUGAGCUCUAAGAGUGCUACCUAG